AUGAUAGGAGCGGAAUCAUCUCAUAUCCUGAAACCCACAACCCCAUCUCUAGCUUUUCCCGUGGAUUCUCUCACAAAGUCAGAUUCGCGAGACGCUGAUGGUUUGCUACCCCCAAUUUGGAACGGGUCUGUUUUCAUCCCACCGGACUGUACUCUCAAUAGUACAUGCCAGUACGGUCUCAUGAACUAUUUCCAGAUCAUGGAAAUGGAAUCACUUUGGGGUCCACUGAUCACUGCUGGAAUAUUUGCGGCUACUCUCAGCUCAGCACUUGCCAGCCUUGUUAGCGCACCUAAAGUAUUCCAGGCUGUAUGCAAGGAUCGUCUUUUUCCCAAAAUUGGAUACUUCGCGAAAGGUUAUGGGAAAAAUGAAGAACCUAGACGAGCAUAUGCUCUCACGUUCAUUAUUGCGAUGGCUAUGAUUGGAAUAGGCGACCUUAACGCCAUCGCACCGAUCAUAUCCAACUUUUUUUUGGCUUCGUAUGCACUCAUCAAUUACGCCUGCUUCGAUGCAUCGUUCGCUGAUUCUCCAGGCUUUCGUCCUGGAUUCAAAUAUUACAACAUGUGGGUUUCACUCGGUGGUGCAUUACUAUGUAUCGUAGUGAUGUUCAUAAUCAGUUGGGCGACUGCACUGAUCACCUUUUUCUGCUUUGCUGCUCUGUUCCUAUAUAUUCUGCAUCGAAAACCUGACGUAAAUUGGGGCUCUUCCACUCAAGCACAUAGCUACAAAAAUGCUCUAUCGGGGAUGAUAAAACUCUCCCACACCGAGGAGCACGUCAAAAAUUACAGACCACAACUACUUGUACUAUGCGGAAAUGCUGCAGCAAGGCCUUCUUUGGUUGACUUUGCCAACAGCAUCACGAAAGGGACGUCUCUGAUGAUUUGUGGAUAUGUUGUGCCUUACAAUCCAUCCGAUCGCGUUUAUUCUGUCAUGAGGAAACUUGAGCGUCAGCUAAGCGAAUGGCUGCGUAAAAGACGAGUGAAGGCUUUUUAUGCAGCAGUGGCGAAUGCUAGUCUUCGGGCUGGUGCUCAAUCUUUACUACAGGUUUGCGGUCUUGGUAAACUACGCCCAAAUAUUAUUCUCAUUGGAUUCAAAACGAAUUGGAGUCGUCGUGGGCCUAUACCUGAAACGAUGGAAGACAUGAAUGAAUACUUUGGAACCAUUCAAGAUGCAUUCGACAGCAACAUGGCAGUUUGCGUGCUUCGAAACGGAGACAUGGGUCUCGACUUCAGCGAAGCAAUGAAGCUCUUAAACGUGGGCGAAUCACGGCGACUACAAAUAAACCUGGACGAGAACGAUAAGGAUGGCUUGGAGUCACCAUGUCGUCCUCUUACCGAAACCAAAUCAAAUUCCAAGGCAAGCCAAAAGAAUGAAAGUGAGGAAGAAAGAGCGGAAACAGGGUCUCUUCGGCACAAGGACAGUGCCCGUAGUAUGGAACGUUUUGUGAAGCUUAACCAUCAUUACAUUACUGCUUCAAAUACUCUGACAGAGAAUUAUGGUUUUGUCGACAUGGAGGAUGAAAACUGCUGUGAUUGUAAUGCAGAUCACUCCGAGGAGUGUGAAAAAUGCAGACCAGAGGCUAAAGAUAGCGAAGACGUCGAGACGGGAAGUUCACAACCUCAUUUAAGUGACGACCCCAAAGAGAUAAAACAUACUUUUUCGUUGCGAAGACGAAGCACUCGUCGACCGACAACUGAGCAAAAAGCUCUGUUAGCAUCGAUAUCACGCUUCCAAAGGAAGGUUAAGAAGGGUGUCAUUGAUGUUUGGUGGCUUUACGAUGAUGGUGGCCUCACUCUUCUGAUACCUCAUCUGCUAACUAUUCCCAAAAGCUAUCUCGAGGGGGCAAAAUUGCGCGUUUUUACGAUAUCAACGAGCUCUCGUACUAUGGAACAAGAGCAACGCAGUAUGGCCGCACUUCUUUCAAAGUUCAGAAUAAAUUUUAGCGACGUCUCUGUUAUUUCGGACAUUGGCCGCAAGCCACAACCUGAGACAUUGAUGAGUUGGGAGAAGCUAAUUCUUCCGUUCAUUGCUCCUGAUGAUUCCGAAUGUCCUUUGGGUAUGACAACACAGAGUGAAUUGGACGCUCAAAAGCAAAAGACUAAUCGACAGCUACGUGCUGCUGAGCUUCUUCGUGAACAUUCCGCUGAUGCAGAUCUCAUCGUUAUGACCUUACCUGUACCUCGAAAAGGUAUGGUUAGUGCGUCUCUGUAUUUAUCCUGGUUAGAUAUUAUGACACGAAGCCUCCCACCUAUUUUGUUGGUACGUGGAAAUCAGACCUCUGUGUUGACCUUCUAUUCCUAA